CAGUGUGUUUAGUGUUGAAAGCCGUUUUAAAUUUCCUAAUCACCCUAAUCGGAUUUAUUAUUUGGCAGAGAGGAUGAAGGUUCCAGUUGAUCAGUUGACCGAGAGAAUUGUCAAACCGAAGCGCAUUCUUUUUAUGGACUUGGAAAGAAUAGAACAUAUAACUAGCAUUUUGGAGAGGUAUGAAGUACAAUCAGAGGACAUCUUACGAGACCUCUGGGUGUAUUAUCACAAUCCAGCUUUGACAGAGGAAAGACUGCAUCGUGCUACUGAAGCAGGAUGUGAAAGGCCUAAGCUAUGGAUGUGCCGCUGCCCAGAGUAUAUAUUUGAAAGGACAUGUGAAAGAUACCAGUCCCAAAAAGAACUGUUAGGAGAGAAGAGUGUAAUUGAAUAUCUUGCCGAGCGUCUAGAAUGUGAACCAGAGUUCAUUGUAAAUUAUGCACGUGGCAAUCCUGGGUUGAUGCGUGCUCAUGUGUCAAAGUUGAAGAGCCAGAUUGACCUUCUCAUCUCUGAGGGCUUUACACGCAAACAGAUAAGGGCCUCCAUGCGCAUCUUAUUGUAUGCAGAGAAAAGAACCGCAGAGAGAAUAAAGAAGCUGAAAGAAAUAGGUUACUUUCCAUCAUCUGUUACUGUUCUUUACAAGACUCCAAAACAGUUUGAGAGUUAUUAUCAAUCCCUUCUUCAGAAAUAUAAGAGAUCUCUAAAUAAGUAAUGUAAAUAUUGUAUACUUAUUCAAAAAACAUUAUGGUAGAAAAUAAAUUUUUAAUAAACUGGAGGUUUUAUCUAUCAAAGUGCAUCAUAUUUUGCCUACUGACUAUAAUCAUGGUGACUGUGAUAAAUAUACCUGUCUUGGCAACACUAUACAUUUAGUCAUCUAAGAUGCUUCCUGAAAACUCGAGGAUGGGGUCACAAUGACAAUUGCCAACUGAGUACCUGUGUACCCAUCUAUGUAUAUAUUUUUCACAAAUACUUCAAAUCAUCACAUUUUCCCAGCAACACUGGUUCAGUGGCAACUCAUUUGCAAUAAACAGGUAAUAAGGGUAGAAAUGGGUGUCAGAAAAGUAGGAGAACCCAAACUUUAGAGGAACAAGUUCUUGUUGAGCCAUCUGUGUAGAUACAUUUUGCAAAACACUAGUGCAGGGAACCUUACAUUUUCUUGACAGCACUGGACUAAAUGAGUGGCAACUCAGUUUAUCCAUUCUUAAUAUCUACAUACACUAGCAAUAACUUUCAUUUUCUGUAUUAGGAUUCACUACUGUGAAAGCAAUGAACAAGUACAUAUCAAAAACAUGAUCACAAAAUAUCAAAACAGGAGGAUAGGAUACUUACAUCUAUGUAUUAAAACUACACGUGUGAAUUCAAGAUGGCCAUGUAAUAAAAGUAUCCUCGGUAUCUUUUUUUAAAAGGCUAAUUGUGCCUGUGUUACUGUCACUCUUCUUUGUAACAAUUAUUUUUUGAUUGUUUAAAAAAGCCAAUGCUUUGAAUAAUAUGAAAGUAUUGUCAUAAUAAGGAACUAUUCCUGGAUAUAGGUAUGCAUGUAUAUUGCCUUAUGGCAUUUUUUGGUCUGCCUAUAUGCUUCAUGUAAAAAUCAUGAUACGAGGUAUAGAGAUUGUUACACACCAAUUACAGGAAAGAAAACCAAUACUGUGUUUACUGAUCAAUAAAGUGAUCAGCAAAUGGUCAA